AUGGAUGUCAGAGCAUUCAACUUUUCCCAUCAGGAAUUCUACUUGAUUGGAUUCACGGAUCUGAAAGAGUAUCGCCAAUAUCUUUCCAUUCCUUUUUUCGUCAUCUUUGCUUUCACAUUGUUUGCAAACUCAUUAAUAAUGCUGGUGAUUGUAAAAGAAAGCAAGCUGCAUGCACCCAUGUACAUUCUGAUCGGGUUCAUUGCAGCUCUUGGGUUUAUACAGCCGAUAUUUCUUGUUCCGAGAAUGUUAAUCAGUUUUCUGUUCGGCAAAAAUAUGAUUUACAGAGAUGAGUGUCUCGUUCAAAUGUUUUGUCUGCAUAUGGCGGGUUGUUUUCAGUCAAGUAUUUUGGUCGGAAUGGCAGUUGACCGAUUAUUUGCCAUUAUCUUUCCAUUACAAUACCAUCACUACGUAAACUUCAAAACUUCCUUAAUAUUCUGUUUGUCCAUUUUUUUCCGCAACUUGCUUUGCGUUGUUGCAAUGGUCGGUCUGAUUGGGCCGCUCUAUUUUUGUAAAUCAAAUGAGAUUUAUCAUUGUGUUUGUGAGCAUACAUCUGUUGUUAAUUUAGCCUGUGGUGAUGUGAGCAAGAACUACAUGGCUGGAACUAUCGCUUUCGGCUUAGUAACAUGUGACUGUGUAUUUGUAUUUUGCUCGUACAUUGCGAUUUUUGUGAUUAUAUCCCACUCUCCUUCUGGUGAGUCGCGGCAAAAAGCCAUCUAUACUUGUAGCACACAUUUAAUUGUCAUAGUGGUGGCAUUUUUCUGUGUUGUGGUUGCAUUUGUUGGCUACAGGGUUUCUACUAUACCUAGAGAUUUUCGUGUGUUAGGUACCUUGUCAUAUCUCCUUCUUCCGAACUGUUUUAACCCAGUAAUCUAUGGAAUACGAACAAAGGAAAUAAGAGUUCAAAUUGUAAAAUAUUUAUAUUCUAAAAAGGUUGAUUCACAUUAA